AUGACAGAAUAUUACAUAUCAGUUAAAGUGAAUGAAAAUCAAACAGAUCUCCAUUUGUCUUUCAGAACCUGUUUUGGAGAACACGAGGUCAGUCCGGUGCUGUGUCAUCGCAGAGGUCGAUUCUCCUGUAGACGACCUUGCGGACGACCUUUGACCUGUGGAAACCACGACUGCAGCCGGGACUGUCACCUGGUUACCGACGGCAACAAGUGUGAGGUUUGUGAUGAGAACUGCUCUAAGCCCCGCCCCCCCGGCUGCCCUCACCCUUGUUCCCGCCCCUGUCACCCCGGCAACUGCCCCACCUGCAGCCAGAUGAUCCGCCAACGCUGCCACUGCAAGAUCAGCAUGCUCUACGUGGAGUGCACGAAGUUGACAUCAGCUGAUGAACAGACGAAGGUGGAGUUGGGCUCCUGCAACAACCAGUGUCCUAAAGAGCUGAGCUGUGGUCAUCGCUGUAAGCAGGCGUGUCAUCCAGGUGUGUGUGAAGAGAAAUGUCAGCAGAAAGUGAAGCUCAGAUGUCCCUGCAAGAGGAUCAAGAAGGAGUUCCCGUGCUCUCCGUCGGUUCAGUGUGUCGUUCAGUGUGACGACGCCUGCAGAGACCAGCAGAGGAAAGUCAGCCAGGUGAAGGAGGCGGAGCAGAGAGCAGCUCAGGAGGAGGAACAGAAGAAACUUCAGGAGGAGCUGGAGGCGUUCGAGAAGCGCCAGCAGCGAGGAGGGAGGAGAAGCAAGAAGCGGGGGAGGAGGGAGGAGGUGGACGACGAGGCCGCGAGGGCGGGGAGGUGGUGGAGGAGGUGCGCUGCCUUUGUCCUAGUCCCGCUGGGUGGAGCUCUGCUGUCCGCCGCCGCCUACUACCUCCUGACCGAGGCCUGA